UGUCUUGUUCCUCACCGACCUUGGCACAAAGCACUCCAACUGCCUCCUGCUACACUAAUGGCAUGACUGUGAAGCUACAAAGAGGGGUCACUGAGAACCUGAAGAUCAAAGUUAUGAAUGAAUGGCAACCUUUACUUAAAGCAUCAGCUAAAUGUGGAUACAGUCUGGUGUCACAUCCAGAAGGUAUGGUCAUCCAUGCCCCAUUUAUGCCAUGCACCGAGGCAAAGGAUGGGAUGUUCACCCUCAUUUUGGCAACCGAGAACAAGUUUAAUCUGUCCUGCCCAGCGUUGUCGUUUAGUCUUCCUAUUAAUUUGUUUGAUCUUGCAUCUAAAAAUGAUCCAUCUAGUUCUCCUGUAGCUGUUCCAGUCUCAUCGAGACUCUCUCCCACCACCAGUAAUACUGUUGCAACCACACAGCCAAUACAGACUCCUACUACUACACAAACAACUCCGAGAACCUCCAUGAGUUCAACCAUGCAGAAAUUGCCUACUCCCUACCCUUAUCGCACUCCUGGCCAGUCAUAUUUUGGUCCUGUUCCUCCUAAUUUCCCUUUUGUACUUUUUCAUCCAAAUGUGUCUCCAACCAUUGUUCCUCAUGAUCCCCCAUCUGCCAUUACCCAGAGACCACAUUCACCCGUUUACCCCAAACCUCCUAAAACUUGGUACCCUAAGCCCAACUUGGUUCUCAACCCUGACCCCACUCAGAAUUCAGCUGUACAGCAAUAUCCAAGAUAUCCUUUGCUGCCCAUUACCACUGCUCCUAAAAGUAUUCCUCCUAAAGAUAAGGUGAUUUCUACUACACCCAUGACCCAUCCUGUGCAAUGGGCACCUAUGUUCCCUCCCAGCAAUUUGGUGUAUCCUUUAUAUCCAGGAAAACCUGGAUCUUUUGCUCCCUCCUCAGAAGUCUUUGCUCAUGUCCCUCACUGGCCACAUCCCUCCCAAACCAAACCAAGGCCUGAUUUUCCCCCAAGAUUGAAACCCACUGAACCACAGGACAUGCCUAAACUGGACUAUGCACCACCUAUACCUGCCACUACAAACAUGGUAGAACCACCUCAGCUCUUCAACUGUCCGUGGUACAAACCCAUCCCACGAAAUCGUUCAGAAAUGCCAUCUGUUCAUACAAAAUCACCAGCAGUUACAGCAGUCUCCACUCCUGAAGCUACUCUUUCCAGUCCAACAACGUAUUCAGAAAUGUCUGAAAAAGCUGCAAAGCCACACCCUUCAAAACGCCCCUAUCAUUCCAUUAUUACGGGUCCUCCUAUGAAGAUACACUUUACCCCAUGCACUUAUUCUGCCCCAAAGAACUAUCCCCACACUGCAGUUAAUUUCCCUCAUGCACAUUCUUUUCACUGUCCAACUUGCUGUCCUUCAAUAUCCUACCACAACCAUCACCAUUUUGGUCAUCCUUUUCCUGCGUCUUUUCUUGGCACCUCAAGUCUGACCAAAAUUACAGCCCAAAUGGCAUAUGUAAAAGGAGAUGACAGUUCAUCCUAUGCCCCAUUUCCCCUUAUUCAGGGCAUGAGUUAUAAUUAUGGCCCUUAUUCACCCUCCCGUUCUUCAAAUGGUGCUGCUCCACCACCUAAUCAUGCAGCAAUGCAAUAUUUAGAACUCGCUGAAGGUCCUCUCAAGCCUGCUCAUGCCUCUGAUACUUCAAAAGUUUUGACAAGACCUACAAUGUGUCCUCACAUUUUUAGGACAUUGGCAUCAACUACUGUCUCUCCACGGUCUGCAAUGAAAUCUGCAAAUAUAGCUCCUGUUAUACGCUCUUUGGAGCCAUCCAAGCUGCAUUCUACAUCCUCCCAAAAUGCACCAAUUGCUGAACCUGCAGUUUACCAGCCUGAGUUGCAACCGUAUGUUCCCCAGUGGGAUGCUCCAAAUAAUGUUGGACCACUUUCUCAACAGAUAGAACAUCUAGAUUCCUCAAAACUCCCAGCUCAUGCCAAACAUUUGUCAAAUUACUGGUAUCAAGCUGCUCAUUCAAAUGCAAGGCCCACCAUGUCUGAUGAUCCUGAAAAAAUCUCUCACAAAGGAUCAAUGCAUCGUGUUACCACUCCUCAGCCUUCAGAUUGGUUGUCUUCUCAACCAAACCAAACUCAUGACAUGAACCCUUCAGUGAAGCUGAAUGUUCAUUCCCCAAUGCCCAGAGGCCCAGAAUCAUUUGAUACAUACUGGGUCCAUGCUGUUCAGUCAAAAUAGAAAGCAACAUUGUUUUCCGACUAUUACCCUGCUGGCAAGUGGACAGUUUCCCUUUGUGAAACACAAAAUAAUUAAAAAUGUCACUGAAUAAUCACUGCUGAUUGUUUUCUUGUAAGGUUAUUAGAGGGGUCCACUCCAGUUUAACCCAAGACAUGUGAAAAGACAGAAAUAACACACCUAUAAUAAAAGUAUAUAGUUGGAGAAAGCCUUUACAGACUUUUCUUUAACAAAUGCCUGUUAAUUUGAGUCCUCAAGGUUUAGUCCAA